GAUUCAAUAAUCACAUUAUUUUCAGAAUGUCGAAUGAUGGACAGUUCGAAGAUGCCCCAAUCGAAUAUAUCGGUCUCAAGUUUGAAAAAGAAAUGAAACUCGAGGAAGACAUCGUCGACGAUGUUGAUUCAGAUUUCAGCGAUGAAGGAUAUGACGAGGAGUUUCAAGUGCGUGGCGCAGGUAGGGCUGGAGGCGGAAACAUGAUACUCCAGUCCUCCGCCGUGAACGUCAAGAGUUUUCAACCAACUGAGAAACUAUUUAAGAAGUUUGUGAAUAAGAUCAAUGUUGAUAAAUACGAGGGACCAGCGCUAAGUAUCCUUCAAGAACAAAAUAAGAAGAAUGAUAAGGACCGACAUAGAGUUAAAGAUGACUCCGACAGAGCUACAGUUGAACAGGUUAUGGAUCCCAGGACGAGAAUGAUCCUGUUCAAACUCCUCAACCGAGGUUUCAUCUCAGAAAUCGAUGGAUGUAUUUCUACCGGGAAGGAAGCAAAUGUGUACCACUGCACCAAUAGCGAAGGGAAGAGCAGAGCUAUUAAGAUUUAUAAAACUAGUAUUCUAGUUUUCAAGGACAGAGAUAAAUAUGUGAGCGGAGAGUUCCGGUUCAGACAAGGAUACGGAAGGAAGAAUCCACGUAAGAUGGUGAAAACUUGGGCGGAGAAGGAGAUGAGAAACCUGACCAGGAUUCACAAGGCGGGGAUAGCCUGUCCCGAACCCAUUCUUCUCCGCUCCCAUGUUUUACUCAUGGACUUUCUAGGCACGGACGGUUGGCCGGCACCUAGGCUUAAGGACAAGGAGAUAUCGGAGUCAAAAGCGAGAGAGUUGUACCGCGACAUCAUUCUCACCACCAGGAAAAUGUUUCACGAGUGUAAACUAGUACACGGAGAUCUAUCCGAGUUCAACCUGCUCUACCACGAAGGGAAAGCGUACUUUAUCGACGUCUCUCAGUCCGUGGAGCACGAUCAUCCUCACGCUCUGGAGUUCCUGAGAAAAGAUUUGACUAAUGUGAAUGAGUUCUUCAGAAGGAAAGGUGUAGCAGUUCUUGGAUUAAAGGAGUUGUUUGACUGGGUUGUUAGUCCAACUGGAGAUAGUGGUGAGGCUGCACUUGACCUCCUUGCUGAGGUCGCUGCCGGAAGGUCGGAGGCUGAGAGGUCAGCCCAGCAGCAGGUGGAUGAGGAGGUCUUCAAACAAGUUUUCAUUCCUCGACGUUUAAACGAGGUGUUAAGUCCUGAGACUGACCAGAAUAAAAUUGCAACCGGAGGAGACGAUUCUGUACAAUACCAGUCCGUCAUCGGACUAGACCUACCCAAACCUCUACAGGACGAACACAGUGAGGACGAGUGUAGUGAAGACGAUGAAAGCAAUGACGGUGAUUACUCCUGCGAGGACGAGGCGGAAUCUACUAAAGGGUUUAAAAGCUCCCGGCGUCCAAGGGACGAGGAUAAAGACAGUAAGAAAGAAAGAAAACAGGCAGUAAAGGACGCCAAGGCUGAGAAACGAAAGGAUAAAGUGAAGAAACAUGUUAAAAAGAAGAAGGAGCAGGCAGGACGGAGUAACACUAAAAAGUAAAAAUAUGUAAUUUUCUAUUUCUAAAUUUUCCAGA